CUCCCUUGCCUUCCCCUCCGUCGGCCGCUCUGCUUGCCUGCCUGCCUUGCCUUGCCUUCCCCGCCUGGCCUUGCUGUCGCCGGCGCUGGGAGAGCCGGAGCGAGCGAGCGAGCGGGCGCGUGGUGUGUGUGUCCUGUGAGUGACGCGGCGGAGGUGUAGUUUGACGCGGUGUGUUACGUGGGGGAGAGAAUAAAACUGCGGCGAGAGCCUCGGCGCGAACGAAAGCAGUGACGGAGCAGCCUCUGGCCGGUAACUAAAUGACCAUGGAAUCUGGUGCAGACAACCAGCAGGGUGGAGACGCAGCUGUUACAGAAGCAGAAAAUCAACAAAUGACGGUACAGCCACAAAUAGCAACAUUAGCCCAGGUAUCUAUGCCAGCAGGUCACGGAACAUCUUCUGCUCCCACUGUAACCUUAGUACAGCUCCCCAACGGGCAGACGGUUCAAGUCCAUGGUGUUAUUCAGGCUGCCCAGCCAUCGGUGAUUCAGUCUCCACAAGUCCAGACAGUUCAGAUAUCCACCAUUGCAGAGAGCGAAGAUUCACAGGAAUCAGUAGACAGUGUCACAGACUCCCAGAAACGCAGGGAAAUUCUCUCCAGGCGACCUUCAUACAGAAAAAUCUUGAAUGACUUAUCCUCAGAUGCCCCGGGCGUGCCAAGGAUUGAAGAAGAAAAGUCUGAAGAGGAGGCAGCAGCACCUGCCAUUACUACUGUCACCGUGCCAACUCCAAUUUACCAAACAAGCAGUGGGCAAUACAUUGCUAUCACCCAGGGCGGUGCAAUCCAGUUAGCCAACAAUGGCACAGAUGGAGUCCAGGGCCUGCAGACUCUGACCAUGACCAAUGCUGCUGCAACCCAGCCUGGUACCACCAUUUUACAGUAUGCCCAGACCACGGACGGACAACAGAUUCUUGUACCCAGCAACCAGGUUGUUGUACAAGCUGCCUCAGGAGAUGUCCAGACUUACCAAAUCCGCACUGCACCCACAAGCACCAUUGCCCCUGGUGUCGUCAUGGCAUCGUCCCCAGCCCUUCCCACCCAGCCUGCAGAGGAAGCAGCACGAAAGAGAGAAGUCCGUCUAAUGAAGAACAGGGAAGCCGCACGCGAGUGCCGCCGGAAGAAAAAGGAAUAUGUCAAAUGUCUAGAAAACAGAGUGGCUGUGCUUGAAAACCAAAACAAGACAUUGAUUGAAGAACUGAAAGCACUUAAGGACCUUUAUUGCCACAAAUCGGAUUAAUUUUAGAUCCCCAUUUUUUGGCUCGUUAGUGCAGGAGAAAGACUGGUUUGAUGACAGCCAGAAAGACAAAGUGAACUUUUAAUUUUCUAAACAUUUCUGUUGUUUUUUUUAUCUACGCGCAAAACUGCCUGAAAGCAACUGCAGAAUUUAAUUCGUCUGUGCUUUGCAUUAAACUGUGAAUGUUGAGACACCUGCCUCCACUUCCCCCUUCCCUGCCCCCAGAUUAUUUUCAUCGCUAGUGUGAAGAGAAAAUAUUGACUUCCUCACCUCCCAUCCUCUUCACGGAAUGAGCAUGUUCACUUCCAAAGUUAUUGGAUGAGGCAAUAUGCUGUAAGGAUUUCAAGAUGUAGCGUACUGCACUUGCCGGAAAGCCCCAGAGAAGCAGUCUCUGCUCUGAAGUA